AUGCAUCUUGACCUGUCAGAGAAUCGCCUUGAAGGAAAGAUACCAAGAUUCUUGGGAAACUUUUGUAAUCUCCAACUUUUAGAUUUAUCUUAUAACAACCUUGGGGGAGGUGUGCAUGAAGUUUUAGGAAAUUCUUCGGCAUGCAUAUCAAAAAAUUUAGAGUUUUUAAAAUUGGGAGAAAAUCGACUUUCAGGUACUUUACCUGAUGAAUUGGGGAAAUAUCAAAAGCUCUCUGUUCUUUCACUUUUUAGUAACAUGCUUUCUGGUCCGAUUCCCAUGUCUAUAGGAAAUCUUUCUUCAUUGAGGACACUUGCUGUCUCUGCAAGUCAAUUAAAUGGAACAAUUCCUGUAAGUCUCGGACAUCUUUCAAAUCUUGAACGUUUAGGAAUCUCUUACAAUUUAUUUGAGGGUUCUGUUUCUGAUGUGCAUUUUUCUAACCUAACAAAAUUGAAAGUACUUUUUGCCUCUUCAGCCAACUUGUUGACUUUGCGAGUAAGUUCUAAUUGGGUUCCUCCUUUUCAACUUCAAGAAUUAACAAUGGAUUCAUGGAGAUUAGGGCCACGAUUCCCUGCAUGGCUUCAAUCACAAAAAGAUCUUCAAUAUCUAUCUUUAUCGAAUGCAAGCAUUUCAGACGUUAUCCCUUCUUGGCUUUGGAGCCUCAGUCCCCAAAUCGAAUCAUUGGAUCUUUCUCAAAACCAAAUUCAUGGCAGUAUUCCAAAUUUUUCUUCCGCAUACUAUAUUAAUCUUGGUUCAAACAACUUAUCUGGCCCUCUCCCCCAUAUCUCUUCUUCUAGCAUUGAAUAUUUAGAUCUUUCCAAUAACUCAUUCAACGGAUCUCUUUCUCCUCUCGUUUGUGAACAGAAAGAUAAAAUGACAUAUGUGCGAACACUUGAUUUUUCAAAAAAUCUUUUAUCCGGAGAACUUCCUGAUUGUUGGAUGAACUAUUCUAACUUAGAAUUUUUAAUCUUGGGGAGCAAUAAGCUAACAGGAAAUAUACCGACUUCUUUGGGUUCUCUAUCUGCGCUUGAAUUGUUGUCGUUGAAAAGAAACAAUCUGUCUGGAGAUUUACCAAUGUCCCUGCAAAAUUGCAAAGGCCUAGUGACUGUCGAUCUCAGUGAGAAUCAUUUGUGUGGCAGUUUAUUCAUUUGGUUGGGAAAUAGUUCAGCCUCUCUUAGAGCUCUUGUGCUUCGCUCAAACAGGUUUCAUGGUAGUAUUCCUUCGGAGUUUUGUCACUUCAAUUCACUUCAAAUCAUGGACCUUUCACAUAACAAAUUAUCAGGAUCAAUUCCGCAAUGCUUUGGUAAUUUGAGCGCCAUGGUAAGACAAGUCUCUGGUGGAACAUUUAGUACAACAGAAAUUAUCUUGAUAAUGAAGGGAGCAGAGUAUGAAUAUAGUCAGUCACUUUCUCUCGUCACAAGCAUGGACCUCUCGAGCAACAAUUUAAUUGGAGAAAUCCCUGAGGAACUCACCAGUCUUUAUGGCAUACGAUUCUUGAAUUUGUCCCAUAAUCAACUCCACGGAAAGAUUCCUGAGAAGAUCAGUAACAUGACAUUAUUGGAAUCUCUCGAUGUCUCAACGAAUCAACUCACAGGCGCAAUACCUCAAAGUAUGGCGAGUUUAACAUUCUUGAGUUAUUUGAAUUUAUCACACAACCACUUCUCUGGCAAAAUUCCCUCCGGCACUCAGCUUCAAAGCUUUAGUGCACAGAGUUUCAUUGGGAACCAUGAUCUUUGUGGACCUCCACUUACGCCCAGCUGCGUUGGAGAUGACUCAUCCCUUGGGUCAACACCAAAUGUUGAUGAUGAAGGCGACGAGAACGGUGGGUGGGUUGAAAUGAAGUGGUUUUAUAUGGGUAUGCCAUUUGGAUUUGUAGUGGGGUUUUGGGGUGUAUUUGGUUCAUUGGCAUUCAGCAAGGUUUGGAGGUCUGCUUUCUUUAAGUUAUUGGAUGGCAUCAAGUAUAAACUCUUUGGUGGUGUUUGA